AAUAAGCAAACUGUAAAAUCUCUACAAACUGGAUCUCUCUUGCAGUACAAUUCUUGGCCCUCAAAAGUAAUCAGUCUUUCUCUGAAAAUUCGAAAACCACUUUUCUGCGGCCCAGAAAAGCGGUUUCAAGGGAGUUUCUAGCAAAUCGACAUAACUCCAAAGCCGAUCAGUCAGCGAUCCUCUCUUAGCAGACGAAGAUAUUCAAACACAAAUGUAGAAGCUGCAAAAGGAGGGAAAAAAAUCGCCAAGAAUAAGAACCAAAUUCAUACAAAAGAAAAUAAAUAAUAUUACAUGAUGUCGACAACAGUGAAUGCACGCAGCGCAAGUCGCAGCAACAGGGAAAACGAAGGCCAAGGGAUUCGAAACCGCGAUCAGCCCGUUCUAUUCAGUUCUUCCUUCGUUACUGGUAAUUCAAAUCCUAACCCAAACCCUAACCCUAAUCCAUAUUCAACUUUUGUCUUCAAGGAAAAUUCAUCGGCUCCUCAGUCAUUUUCUUCUGCAUCAUCGUCUGGUAGUAGCUUUGGAGGGGGAUCGUUUUUCCCCUUUUAUAGUUCUUCCUCUUCUUUUUCCUCCGCGGAAAAUGCUGCAUUUAAUAAUUCCACAUCUAUAGGGAUUAAUAAAACCAAUCAGAUCAAAGACACAGGCUUUACUUUUGAAUCUUCUUCAUCACUGGCGCACGGUUUAAAUAACGGUGAGAUGAAUGCCACUGGAAACUUUAACCCCUUUGCCAAUUCUUGGACGACUUCUGCAUUUGUUCCUUCCCCCAGGAAAUCCACGCCGCUGUGUGAAAUGGGUUCCAAUUUUCGGAAACAAGUACCAUCCCAUUCUACUUCAGCUCCGAGACCAAGGAUGGGGAAGGUCAGACGGAGUGGUUCUUCUGUUUCGGCCAAGGGAAAAUCAGCGGUCAAUAGUAGUUUGUUUUCGGGUAGGGAUUGUAAAAAUAACGUUGAUAAUGAAUAUUCUGGGUACAAUCCUUUUAGAUCGGUGAGUUCUAAUCAGUCUGAUCAUUGUUUUGUAAAUCCAACCUCCAAUACAAGCGCAAAUCUAAACAAUCAAAUCUCCUUUCCGAGUGUUUUUGGGGAGAAUGUUGGUAACGAGGGUUUUAAGCUUGGGCAGGAUAAUGGCAAUCUGAAAUAUUCUGCGAGGAACAAUUCUGCUAAGGAACGUGACGUUUUGGUUGAUAGGUCAAGCAGUUGUAAACUCUUCACGGAAAGUUCCGAGGUUAAUAGCAAUGUAGGGGUUUCAACUGGUAAAUCUUAUUUUAAGAAGUUUGAAGUUGGGGGUUUUACCUUCGGUGCAGGGGCAUUCAAUAAUAAGGUUUCGGUGAAGGAGAAAAAGGUAAAUGAGAUGGGGGCAUAUGAUAAUAAGGAACCAUUGAAGGCGAACAAGGAAAAUGAGGCAGGGGCAUAUGAUAAUAAGGUACCAUCAAAGGAGAAAAAGGAAAAUGAGGCAGGGGCAGGCUCAGUUUCUUGGUUUCCAGAGGUAAUUGGAAAUGUUAAUGUUGGAUGGGGAAGCACAAUCAAGGAGGCUAUCAAUGACAGCAUCUCAGGUGUUGAUGCUGGACAGCCAGAAUUUAAGGCAAAUGACAUAAAUUUUGGCUCUGCAGACACUAAUCUGCCAAGUCCAUUCAUGUUUAAUGCAGGGCGGAAGGAACAGCCUAGAACCGGUACUAGGCGUAGGCAGAAUUUGCACAACAGUGUGGAAGGAGUUGCCACUGGUAGCAGUAGCGGUAGUACAUUUCAGGGUCUGAAGAGUAGUGGGCAAAGCACAUUUGAUAUCUCAUUUGUUAGCCCAGCACCAUUUUCUGGUUUGAAAAGCAGUGACAUUUGUAUUACAAAUAAUCCAUUUGAUGCUCAGAAACCUCUCUCUGGUCAAAAUGUUGCAAGUUCUGCAGCUAAUAGUUCAUUUGGAGCUACAUCUAGUAGGUCAUUGCCUUCAAUCUUCACCUUUAAAGCAGCAGCGAAGCCAGAGAGUAUGAACAAGGAAGUUCCAAAACCAACUCCAAUGGCUGAACCUUUUAACUUAUCUUCAGGAUCGGCUUCUGCUUUCAGUGCUCCACAGUCUCCUUGUGGUUCUGCAAAAGAAACUGCCAAUAAAGAUCCAUUUAUUGCUCUAAGCAGUAGUGGAGAAAUGGGAGCUCUUCCUUCAGUUUUAGAAAUACCAAGACCUGGAGUUUCAUCGCCUACAAAGGGUACAUCCUGGCCAUUCAUGGAAAAUUUAUCGUCGAUUUUAAAUGAGCUAUCUAAGAUUAACUCCAAAAAAGGACCAAGCAAGAAUUGCAGUGCAAGGAAAAAGAGAGAAAAAAAUCAUUCGUCUGCUUCUGUGCGUCGUAAGGUUGGAAAACAAUCUGCUUCAAAUACAAGAAUGCAUAUGCCAAGUUCUUUGCAAACCAGUAAUGCGGAUGGAGGAUCACCAAUGGAUUUUUCUCCUUACAAUGAAAGUACUAUUAAAGAGGAAGUUCCUGCUGGCUAUGAUAACAUGCCAGGCUUAGGACCAUCUUCUGUUGCAUGGGCAACUCCUAUUCAUUCUGGUGUUCAGUCAGAACACAAAUUGCAUGAGUCGCUAGUUACGGAAGCUAAAGUUGAUGAGCUAAGAGCUGCGGCUGCAAAUUUGCAUAUUGGUGAUGAUAAGGAUAGAAAUUACAGAAUUUUCCACCAAGAGGAGUCAUUUAUUGGGAGAGAGCAUCACUCAAGGCAGACAAAUGGUAGAACAGAUGAAUCAGAAUGCAAUGUUUGUAAUAUAGGUGGCAAAGGUAAAUCGUCAUCUUCUGAAUAUCAUUCAUCUAUCUCUAGUUAUGAAAGUGAGCAAUUAAAAUCUAGAAUGGAGAAAGUGAGAAUCGAAGAGAAUACCUCUACUCCUAGUUCUGAAAGUGAGUUGUUAUCUGCUAGAUUAGAGAAAGUGAGAGCUAGAAUGGAGAAAGUGAGAAUCGAGAAGAAGACAUCUAUUCCUAGUUCUGAAAGUGAGUUGUUAACUGCUAGAUUAGAGAAAGUGAGAAUUGAAGAGCAGGCAUCUAUUCCCAGUUCUGAAACUGAUCAGUUGAAUUCUAGAAUGGAGCAAGUGAAAAUUGAUGACUGUGAAAAUAUGAACAAUGCUCCAGAAGAUGAAGGGUGCUGUCACAAUAAGAAAUUUACCUUUGGGGCAUCUUCUCCAACAAGUUCUACACAAUCGUCAAGAUUGAAACAAUUUGGCAGAAGAAAAUUUCGACCAAAAGUUGGAGAAAAAAUGUGUGCAUCAAGUGGUGAAUUAAAAUUUGAUAUGCCUCAUUUAACUGCACAGAGUUUUGAUGAAAGAGAUGGAAUGCAAGUGCAUAAUUCAAUACCUAGAGGAGGUAAAUCUAAAGAUACAAUACAGAAAGGUGAAGGGGAAGCCAAAACAACUGGUAAUCCUGGUAGAUUGUUCAAUGGAUCCACCAUUUCAGAGCCUUCUUUUCCAUUUCAGUGUAAGCACAAAGAGGACAGUGGAAUGGUAGUCAGUCCAAGAGCUGUGAAGAGUGCAGUAGCAGAGCAGGCUUGUGAAAAAUGGCGGCUUCGUGGAAAUCAGGCAUAUGCAAAUGGAGACUUUCCUAAAGCAGAGGAUUGUUAUUCACGAGGGGCAAAUAGUGUAUCUCCUAAUGAGACAUCUCAAAGCUGUAUCAGAGCAUCGAUGCUGUGCUAUAGCAAUCGUGCAGCCACACGGAUGGCUGUUGGAAGAAUGAGGGAGGCACUUGCAGAUUGCAUGCGGGCUAUGGCCAUUGAUCCAAAUUUUUUGAGAGUUCAAUUAAGAGCUGCUAGUUGCCACCUUUCCCUUGGAGAGAGUGAGGCUGCAGUUUCAUUAUUCAAAGCAUGCUUACGCUUGGCACAAGAGGUUGAUAAUCUAGACCUGAAGUUAGCAUCUGAAGCUUCUGAAGGGCUGAGAAGGGCACAGCAAGGGUGGGAAUAUACAGAUCGAGCAGCAGAACUUCUAGAUAUGAGGAAUUUUGGAGAUGCAACAAAUGCAAUGCGUACACUAAAUGAAGCAUUAUCAAUCAGUCCACAUUCUGAGCGUUUGCUUGAAUUAAAAGCUCUUGCUCUUUUAUAUUUACGAAAAUAUGAGGAGGCCAUACAGGUAUGUGAGCAAAGCUUGGAUUCUGCAGAACGGAAUUACUCUUUAACAAACAAUGAAACUCAACUGGGAAAUGAAGAUUCACUUGGGAGCUUGGCAAAGUUUCCUGUUAAGCUAUGGCGGUGGCGUAUAAGUUCCAAGGCAUAUUUCCACUUGGGCAAAUUGGAGGAGUCCCUUGAUUUACUAUUGAAGUAUGAGGAAGUAAAUUCUCUUGCCGAAAGGACUGGCAAUCAGGGCCAGGAAACACUGACAUCCUUUAUAUCUACAGUCCGUGAUCUAUUACGCCACAAGGCUGCAGGAAAUAAAGCUUUUCAAGCAGGUAAGCAUUCUGAAGCAGUGGAGCAUUACACGGCUGCAUUGGCAUGCAAUGGUGAGUCGUGGCCUUUCACGGCAGUUUGCUUUUGCAAUCGAGCUGCGGCCUCCCAAGCUUUGGGGCAUAUUGCUGAUGCUAUUGCAGAUUGUAGCCGAGCUAUAGCUCUUGAUAUAAACUAUCGCAAGGCAAUAUCACGGAGGGCCACUUUGCAUGAGAUGGUGCGUGACUAUGGACAAGCUACUAAUGAUCUUCAACGGCUCAUUACUCUUCUGGAAAAACAGCAACAGUCCAAAGGAAGCCAAACUUUAGGAUCAGGGAGCGUAAGUAUCAGUACGCAAGAUCUGAGACAUGCUCGUGACCGAUUUGCCAAGGCAGAAGAAGAAAUGAAAAGGGAACAUCCUUUGGAUCAUUACUUGAUCUUGGGCGUCGAGGCUUCUAGUAGUGGUGCUGAGAUCAAGAAGGCUUAUCGAAAAGCAGCCCUGAGACACCAUCCUGAUAAGGCUGGACAGUUUUUAGUGCGAAGUGAUAGUGGUGAUGACAGCCAUUGGAAGGAAGUAGGGGAGGAGGUUAGGAGAGAUGCAGAGAGGCUAUUUAAGAUGAUUGGAGAGUCGUAUGCAAUUCUUUCAGACUCUAGUAAGCGGCUGCGCUAUGAUACUGAAGAAGAGCUACGGAAACUACGGACACGAGGAAGCAACAGUGGAUCUGAAACUGUGUCAGAAGCUUAUCGCUAUCAGUAUGAGAAAGGCAAUAGGCGACAACGUGAGCGUUGGGAAUCAUGGAAUGGACAUACAAGCCAAUACCAGCGCUGGCAAAAUGGCCCAGAUGCUGCACAACCAGACACUUACGCUCGCUGGGCUUCAAAUAGCAACAGAUCUAGUGAUAGAUCUAGGUGGGAUGAUUGGGAUGAUAGCUGAAGCAACAUGUUCGUUGAUGGCCUAUUAUAUAAUUGGAAGCACCUAUUCAUGCCUUUAUUCUCAUGGUAUUUUUUGUUAGCAUCAAUUUUGAAUUGGUGUAUAAUAUAAUUUGAAGCACCUAUUCAUGCUUCUAUUCUCUGGGUAUUUUUUGGUAACAUAAAUCUAAAUGCCAUGCUAGAGCAUGGGUGGUUUCUUGUCUCUGGUGGGGCUAUGCAUGUAACUUUUCCUCUGGGAUGUGGGCUCCUACAUUAGUACAAGAGUAAAGCGCUGGAGUGGAGUUUUGGUUCUUCAAAGCACCAUCAUAACUCUCAUAUUCAACUUAUCAGGUGAUGGAAUGGGAGGCGUGGCAGAUUUGAAUUUAAGCUUCUUGAAUUACAAGAAACUGAUGGUUCUGAAUUUUACAUAUUCAAUGUAUGUGGAAGAUUGUGAAGUUUUGGAGAGUUUUGUUUAAUUAGUCUGCAAAAUUUGAUGUUAUUUGGUAAAUGAGUAAAGCCCCCUUCUCAAAUGACUAAAGUUGUAAAUCAAAUUUUAUGGGGUCUUGAGAGCAGGGGAUCUUAAAUUCGAAGAUCACAUGUAUAGACAAGGAAUAUAACUGUUGCAUAUGUUUUAAUGAAGCUGAUUAUUUGUAGA